UGGUGAACAAAGUCCUCUCAGGUCUCCAGACGAUCUCUUUCUUGAGUGCUCAAUGGGAAAAGUUGGCACUGACAGCAUGUAGCGGCUCAUCCACAUUGUGGGUAUUCAACCUGAUGUUUGAUGCUAGAGCGGGAGCACAUUCUUCCAGAUAGGAGUUCAGCCUCGUCUACCGGUAAGCAUGGCGUGAGUGCAACAGGAUGAGUAUCUGAGCUUAUGCGGUGCUGUGAUGGAGGAACAUGAUCAGCUCCAUAAAAGCCUAACAAUACAGGCAUUAGUGAUACUCACAUUCAUAGCUGAACUCAUCUCAAGGCAAUAUUCUCCUCAAUGCGAAACGAGAGGCUUCACAGGUAGGUGCCGGAAGUGGGCGCUUCUAGAUUGAUCACACUCACUUGCGGAAUUUAUAGAGUGAUUGCUCUUUACUCCUGUAGUGAUGCUACAUUUGUGUGUUUAAUGUGUCUGGACAAUGGGUAUGUUACCGUUUGCUAUUGUGUCUCUAUUGACUACCUUAGCUUUAUUCACUUUUAGUCCACUUCUUUUUUAGGCUAUCACCCUCUAUAUGAUCUUUCUCCGCAGAUCACUUGUUCAUGACUGAACAGCUAUAUAUAAAUCCUGUUAUCCCUCGGCUGCAUGUCGCAAACUUCUAAACUUUCUCUCUCCUAACAGGACUCUCAGUGUCGCCUACUUCCUUGCGCUAUCUCUUAAAUACACCCUCGCAGCUUCAAAGGCCUUGUGGCCAGCAUUCUGCAGCUACCGCGGGAAGUCUCAAAUUCUUUACCGCGGAUCCUGAGCAAGAUGUCGAACUCGCCCCCCAAGCCGUUUGACCCAGCCUUGAUGACUAGCGACGAGCUCAAAUUUCUGAUUAGGAACAGCCGGGUUCAAAAUAUCACCAUGGACGUGCAGGAGCUCAGACGGCGAGUGUACCUACGCCAUCCCUCAGUAUGGAAGGUCGCCAAAUCCCCAAGAGCAAGCUUGGGUGACUGGGACAAACUUCCACCUGAAUUGCAGAUCGAGAUUUUCGCCGUGACCUCGUUUUGUGACCUGAUCCAUCUCAGGGCGACAAAUUCGCAGCUAAAAUCCCAGCUGGAACACUGGGAACCGUUUAGAUGUCCCAUGGAAUAUGGCAGAGACCUGGUCCGAGCCCUGAUCGCGAGCAAAGCCGGCUUCUACUGGACGGCAGAGGAGGUUAUGCAUGUGCUUUUUACUUCAAGGUGCGAGAUCUGUGGUACCCAUGGAGAACUCAUUCAACUUUUGCGGCGCAAGCGAUGUUGUCUUCGGUGCCUCUCACAGGAACGGGAACUCUUGGCCGUCAACUACGAAUAUGUCACACAAGUCAUGCACCUUACCGCUGCCGACCUGGAGCCAGUGCCUGCCCUACAAAGCAUCCCACAAAAAAGCUUCUGGGGCCUCCCGGGUAGCUGGGGCCUCGCAUUUGACUACCAAAGCGCCCUUGAAGUCGCUCGCGAACGUGGACACAGCCUGGCUAUGAACAGUACUACCACAACACCAACACGGCAUCCUGAGCAACACUUGAUGGGAGCAUUCGGGUCUGGUGCGCUGUUACAACCUUUACCCUUUCCCGGAGAGCGCCUUUCUGAAGAAUUGCGAAGCAUCCAGCCGCGAUACAAGAGAUCACUCCAAACGCGACGCGGCCAACCUAUGCUGUCGGUGCCGCAAUAUGAGAUUUCACCACCGGAGACAAGCUAUGCCCAGCACGCUUGUGCGGUUCGCAUGGCCGGCCUGGGCUUCAAGAAUACGCGCCUUCGAGACGGAACCGAGAAGUCCGUCUCGAGCGCCAACAUGGUAUACGUUUCAGGGGUACAUUGUGCGGGAUGUGCGGCUUACUGGAAUUUCCAUUCACCGAUGCCAUGGCAAUAUCACCGAUUAUAUGCGCAUGACAAAUCAAGUAGGAGGGACUCGGAGUUCAAGCAACACCUACGGGGAUGCGUGUACGCCAGACUACAAUGGACGUUGCUGCACAGCAACUGGGGCUCGGUUCACGAGGAAACCGUUGCGUUUAUCCUCAGUGGUGGCCGCGUACACUUCUCACGUCAAGCCACUGGAGAUUCCCACAUGUAUGACAACCAUGUAUUCGAGCAGCUAUCGUGGCGCGUCUGCUUCUUCAUGGAGCAGCAUGAGGAUGACUCUGAUGCCUUUCAGCUGCCGUAUAAGUGGCCUAUCGUAGAUGAGCCAGAUGAGAUCAGCAAACCCGUUGCCGUCGCUGGUGCUGGUGGUGGUGCUUUCGGCGGAUCGAAUAUCCCAGAGAUUGACUAUUACUGGGAUAGCCUCGUCAGUCAGGAAGCAAUUAGCCAGAGCAAUUGGGCUUGUGCAAACAUGGGAAACGGCGGCCUUUGUCUCUUUAGGGGGCCAUACACGUUACUGGCAGAGCGUCGGGAGCUAUAUCUGGAGCAUAACUUUCCCGACGGAGCCUACACGCACGAUCAGAGAGCCACUGAAUGGGGGUUCGACAGAUUCUGAAAGGAGGGGAUGAACCUCAACCUACCCGAAAAAGAGAGGCAGACAGCUAUUGGAGGCGAGCAGCUAUUGGCCAUGGUCCACGCCGUCCAUCCGAUUUGAAGUCAGUUAUAGGGGGAUUUGGUUGUGUCGGUCUAAGUUGGCAAUAUGGAUCGUCCAGCAGAAACGAGUUUCUAUGAUACCAAUUCUAAGAGGGCAUCUCGGACAAGUUUAACGGUCAGUUUUUUGCCGAACAAAGUCUUUAGCUUAAUGGACAGAAUAAUUAUUUCAAUUGAGCACUCUUCUG